GGCGGUGGCGGGCGGGAAAAUGGCGGCGGCGGCUGCGGCGGCUCCGGCGCAGCCCUGGAGCGCUGAGGAGCUGCGGAGCGAAGCGCUGCCCAAGAAAGAUAUCAUCAAAUUCCUGCAGGAGCACGCAGCCCAAGCGUUCCUGGCGGAGCACAAGCUGCUGGGGCAGGUGAAGAACGUGGCCAAGACGGCGAAUAAGGAGCAGCUGAUCGCGGCCUACACGCAGCUCUUCCACACCCAGCGCUUUAAGGGCACGGACGGCGCGGAGAAGGCGUCGGAGGAGAAGGCGAAGCCCGCGAAGGCGGAGGAGGCGAAGGGGAAAGCGGCGAAGGCCGAGGACGCGGUGGAGGAGGGGCCACCCAAGUAUACAAAAUCAAUUUUAAAGAAGGGUGAUAAAACCAACUUUCCAAAGAAAGGGGACACUGUUCAUUGCUGGUAUACAGGAAAACUACAGGAUGGAACAGUCUUUGAUACCAAUAUUCAGACAGGUUCAAAGAAGAAGAAAGCAGCCAAACCAUUAAGUUUCAAGGUUGGCAUAGGAAAAGUAAUCAGAGGUUGGGAUGAAGCUCUCUUAACAAUGAGCAAAGGAGAGAAAGCUCAGCUGGAAAUUGAACCCGAGUGGGCAUAUGGGAAGAAAGGGCAGCCUGAUGCCAAGAUUCCACCAAAUGCAAAACUGUUCUUUGAAGUGGAACUGGUGGAUAUUGAAUGAAGAGUUUGCUGCUGGGAAUCCACUGAUGAUCAAGAAAGCUUCCACCAACUGCAGCUCUGCUCCUGUGACUUCAGGGUAGUUACAACCGUGGCCUUGUACUGGAAUCAGUUUUGUUUUCCCUGCCCCCACCUGCUGUACAGUAAGAUACCACUAAAGAAAACAUAGUUUAUACAUGCAAGUGACUUC